GGUUCCCCCACGUGUUUCCGGUUGUGCUGUAGUUGUCGGUCCCCCCGUGUGUUUCCGGGUGCAGGGUUGUCUUUCUCCCCGGCUGUGGAGAAGUUGGGAUUUGUCAUGGUGAGACUGCUGAGAUUGUGCUCCAUAGUAUCCCUGCCACAUCGAGUGAACUGUAAAUUUCACCAUCAUGACGUGGCCAAAGGAAAACGCUUGCUGCUUUCUCGGUUAUAUCAACCCAGAAAUCUUUGGGAAGAAAGUCCUUCUAGCCUGGAAUCAAAAUCCGGCGAACGUACCAGUAGGAGCCACAAGUUGAUGAUCAAAGCGGGUCUUAUCCAGCCGUCCAGCCCUGGCUGUUUCCACUUCCUUCCAUUCACUGUUCGCUCCAUGGAGAAGCUUGUUCGUUUGAUAGAUAAAGAGAUGCAUGACAUUGGUGGACAGAAGAUUGACCUGACCAAUCUGAGCCCAGCAGCUCUUUGGAAACAGAGUGGGCGCUGGGAACUAAUGGGAAAAGAACUGUUUCGUUUGGAAGACAGACACAACCAGGAUUACUGCUUAGGACCCACUCAUGAAGAAGCUGUAACUCAACUUGUCUCCACUGAGGGAGGCAUUACUUACAAGCAACUUCCUUUGCUAUUGUAUCAAAUAACAAAAAAGUUUAGAGAUGAACCCAGGCCCUGCUUUGGUUUGCUGCGUGGUCGAGAAUUCUAUAUGAAGGACAUGUAUACAUUUGAUGCUUCUGAGGAAGGGGCUUACCAAACCUACAACGAGGUAUGCAAUGCUUACUCCAACAUCUUCAAUGCCUUGGGUCUGAAAUUUGUGAAGGUACAAGCUGAUACAGGAAAUAUUGGUGGAAAGAUGUCACACGAGUUUCAACUGCCAGCAAACAUUGGCGAGGAUAGACUUCUGGUCUGUGGUGGCUGUGGAUUUGCAGCCAACAUAGAGACCCUCAAUGCGGAUGACAGAGACUGUCCAUCGUGCGGUGGAGAACUAACAGAAACCAAAGGCAUUGAAAUAGGUCACACAUUUUAUUUGGGAACUAAGUACUCCAAUACCUUUAAUACUACUUGUGAUUCUCAACCAAAACCUCUUUUAGCAGAGAUGGGGUGCUAUGGGAUUGGCGUUACAAGACUUCUAGCUGCUUCUAUUGAGGUUCUAUCUACUGAGGAUGAGAUCCACUGGCCUGGUCUUAUUGCACCCUAUCAGGUCUGCCUGAUUCCUCCCAAAAAGGGAAGCAAGGAAGCAGAUGCUGUAACUGUGGCUGAGACCCUUUAUGAUGAUAUACAUUCGCUUUAUCAUCUUCGAGAUGAGAUUGUUUUAGAUGAUCGGAACCAAAUGACCAUUGGAAAAAGGGUAAAAGAGGCUGAAAUGAUGGGCUAUCCAUUUGUUAUUGUGGUUGGCAAGAAAGCUUUAGGCAGCCAACCACUCUUUGAAGUCAGGAGACAAAACACAGGUGAAGUGCAGUAUCUCCCUAGAGAAGGUGUAAUGGAUUGUUUGAAGAAUGUGAGGGUAAUAUAGACUGUGGACAUUGGCGAUGGCGAACAGUUGGCACUUAAGAUGGUCGUGAGCUACCUUUCACAAUGCUGGACUGGCCUUUGGGAAAUUGUACUUCACAAACAUCUUCAGUUUCAAAGUUAGCUAUCAAUUGGGAUUGAUAUAAAUAUCUGUAAAUACCAAAUAUUUAUGUGUUAAAAUUAAAUCACAGCAAACCAGUCUUAUGUAUCAAACUCACAUUUUAAUAAAACUCUUC